CGCGGUGGCAGCUUUGGCGGCCGUGGCGGUGGUCGUGGAGGAUUCCAGCAGAGAGACUUUGGCCCGCCCGCACAGAUCCUUGAGAUGGGCAAGUUCAUGCACGCCUGCGAAGGCGAAAUGGUCUGCGAGUCGAUCAACCCCAAGGUCCCCCACUUCAACGCCCAGAUCUUCCUCGAGAACAAGACCGCCGUCGGCAAGGUCGACGAGGUCCUCGGCCCCAUCAACCAGGUCUACUUCACCAUCAAGCCCUCCGAGGGCAUCCAGGCGACAUCCUUCAAGGAGGGCGACAAGUUCUACAUUGGAAGCGAGAAGCUGCUGCCGCUCGACAAGUUCCUGCCCAAGCCCAAGCCCCCGCCCGGUGCGCCCAAGCCCAAGCGGGCUGGU